UUGGAAAAGUCUCACAAAAAGAGAGAGAAAACUGCUACAGUUUGUUUGCAUGUUAAUACAUGUACAAAACUUGCUUCUUCUUUCUCUAUCUUUGUUUUCUUCUCCGUAGAUAAAAGGAACUUGAAAAAAUCAAAACCAAACAAACAAAAACAAAGGAAAAUACUCCUCCUUUUCCACAAUGGGUUGUUUCUUUGAUCCAUCUCCAUCUUCUUUCUCUCGGUUUCUCAGCUUUUCUUGUAAGGAUCAUGUCAUCACAUUCCAGUUGUUUGUAUCAGCUUCCUGGGAAACCAUUUACUCUUGAGGUCUAAGUAGUAAUUAUUACAUCAUCUUUUCUUUUUUUUCUUGCUCUUGGUGGGUUUUUUUGGUUGGAGUGGUCUGUUUGGUUGCUGAGAAAGUGGAAGAAAAGAGACUUGAAGACAAGAAAGAUUGGUUUUUGAGUUUUUGUUUUAGUUUGGUUUGAGUAGAUAUGAGACUAAAUUGAGCUGUCCUGUUUUUCUUUUAGUAUUUUGUUUUGGAUUUUUUUAGAAGUACUUCCAAAGGAGAGUAAGGAAAAAUAAAAUAAAAUCUUGUUAGAAGUUUGGAUUUUUUCCCUUGAAGAUCAAAUUUUGAUUCAUUUUAAUGCAUAAAUUUUAUACUAAGUUGAGAUUAAUUUAUGGUUUCUCAACCAAGAACAGAAACUGAGUAACUUUACACAUUAAAUUUUGUUCUUUUUUCUUAAAAAUAUAUUUCUGGCGUUUUCUUUGAUUUUCUGGGAAAACAAACAAAAGGGACCUGAAUGAAAUAGAGAAGCAAAGAUCAUUAACUAAGGAAAACCAAACACUCUAUUUCCUUUUAGUUUUUGCUUUUGACCAUAAAGGGAAAUUUCAACUAACUUGAAAAAAAUUCUACUCCACUCUAGAUUUCCUUUUUGAACUUUUCAAGUUGCCACUAGCCAGUCCUUCAACAUACUAAAAGAUCGUAAUUUCAAGGUCCCCUUUUUCCUGUUAUCCUUUCUCAGCAACCAAACAGACAUUUGAUGUUGGUAGCCAAGCCAGCUAAGUCUAAGGUCUUGGAUCUAUAAGAGGGAAACAUCAAUUGUUUUUGUGGUAGUGGGUAUUGAAUUCUAGACGCAAUGAGGAAUUUUUCCUCCAUGUUCAAUGGGUUAGCAAGGUCCUUUUCUAUAAGAAAAGGGAAAAAUUCAGGGAAUGGUGAUGGAAGAGAAGCUGCCGAGGCAAUGGCAAAGGAUGCAAAGAAGAAUGACCGGAUUUUGAGGUCUUCUGGUUUUGUAAAUGUUGAUGUUUCCAACAAUUUUGCCUCAGUUUUCUCCAAGAGGGGCAGAAAAGGAGUAAACCAGGAUUGUGCAAUUGUAUGGGAGGAAUUUGGAUGUCAAGCAGACAUGUUGUUUUGCGGGAUAUUUGAUGGCCAUGGUCCAUGGGGUCAUUUUGUAGCGAAGAAGGUCCGAGAAUCAAUGCCUUCCUCCUUGCUUUGCAAUUGGCAAGAGACUCUAGCUCAGACAUCGCUUAACCCGGAUAUUGAUUUGGAAUCUGAUAAAAAGCAUCAGAGAUUUCACAUAUGGAAGCAUUCUUAUCUAAAGACUUGCGCUGCUGUUGAUCAUGAGCUGGAGCAGAAUAGGAAGAUUGAUUCCUUCUACAGUGGAACAACUGCCUUGACAAUUGUCAGACAGGGUGACCUAAUAUAUAUGGCCAACAUAGGUGAUUCUCGGGCUGUUUUGGCUACAACUUCAGAUGAUGGAAACUUGGUUCCUCUUCAGCUUACUGUUGAUUUCAAGCCCAAUUUACCUCAGGAGGCCGAGCGGAUAACUCAGUGCAAAGGGCGGGUGUUCAGUUUGCAUGAUGAGCCAGAGGUGUACAGGGUUUGGCUGCCUGAUGAGGAGUCACCAGGACUGGCGAUGUCUAGAGCUUUUGGGGAUUACUGCAUAAAGGAUUACGGGCUUAUUUCCGUUCCUGAAGUCACACAAAGACAUAUAACCAGCAGAGACCAAUUUGUUGUACUUGCUACUGAUGGGGUAUGGGAUGUUGUUUCCAAUCAGGAAGCGAUUCAAAUAGUAUCUUCAACGCCAGACAAGGCGAAGGCAGCUAAGCGUCUAGUUGAGUGCGCUGUCCAUGCUUGGAAACAGAAGAGGAAGGGCAUUGCAAUGGAUGAUAUUUCAGCCAUCUGCCUCUUCUUCCACUCAUCUCCCUUAUCUCAGUAUGAAGUUGAUCUUGUUCCAACUUCAAAAUAGUGCUUAUGUAACUGAGCAAGGUAAUUGCUCUUAAAAGUUUAUCGCCAGAUAGUGUAUUUCUUACGUCAAUGUAGUUGAUCAGAAAGUGUUCAUUUCA